CGCUUAAACAGCUUCACCAUGCUCACGAUUAUAUAAGAGAGAGACCUCUGAAACUCAAUGACACCCAGACAUUGAAGCAGAUUGCAAAUUAACUUUUGCAGGUUAAACCCAAAAGGCCAUCAUCAGGGUUCACUAUGAGGACGAAAUCCUCAUGGCCAGGGGCUCUUCUAGCCUUCUGGGUGUGCUUGUUUGCUUUGAGCUGCCAUGCCCAGGCCACCUCAACAGAACUUGGUGUCAACAGUGACGGAAAGCCUCAGAAUGUAGAACACAAAGUGGCUGCAGAUCUCCACCAAGAAGAAGAGAAAUUCAAGAAACCUUUUCUACCACAUCCACCAAUUUAUAAGAAACCAUUCCCACCAUUUAAGAAACCAUUCCCACCGUUUAAGAAACCGUAUUUUAAGAAGUUACAUCCACACCCACUUCCAACUUUCAAAAAGCCUCUUCCACCAAAAUUUCCAUUUGUUAAGAAACCAUUUCUGCCACCAAUUUCUGGUUUCAAGAAACCACUUCCGCCACCAAUUCCAUUUUUUAAGAAACCACUUCCGCCGCCAUUUCCAAUUUUUAAGAAGCCAUUACCACCAUCAAUUCCUAUUUUCAAGAAGCCAUUACUGCCACCAGUUCCAAUUAUCAAGAAGCCAUUACCACCACCAAUUCCUAUUUUCAAGAAGCCUUUUCCACCAAAAAUUCCUAUUUUCAAAAAGCCAUUGCCGCCACCAAUUCCAAUUAUCAAGAAGCCGCUUCCUCCAAAAAUUCCAAUUUUCAAGAAGCCAUUGCCGCCACCAAUUCCAGUUUUUAAGAAGCCAUUUCCUCCGAAAAUUCCAAUCUUUAAGAAGCCACUCCCACCACCAAUACCCAUUUUCAAGAAGCCGCUUCCUCCGAAAAUUCCAAUAUUUAAGAAACCACUUCCACCACCGAUUCCAGUGUUUAAGAAACCAUUACUUCCACCAUUUCCUGUCAUCAAGAAACCACUUCCACCACCAAUUCCGAUAUUUAAGAAACCUUUUUUCAAGAAGCCUUUGCCUCCAAUUCCAGUUUUCGAAAAACCGCUUCCUCCGCAUAUACCCAUUUUCAAGAAGCCUCUUCCCCAUCCAUUUCCAAUCCCCAAGAAGCCACUCCUACCCCCUUUUCCAAUUGACAAGCCAAUCUUCAAGAAACCCAUUCCUUAGAAUAAUUAUUGAUCUGGUAUCAGUGUAGCUCUAGUACUGCAAUAAAGUGAAGACAAUGAAGAGAGGGAAGAGUGAAUGAUUAUUAAUGUUAAUGAUUUAUAUAUAUUCAAAAUGUUAUGAUCCUGCAGGAAGUUGUAACUAUUUAUAUUUAAUACAAAGCUCCUUUGGACGACUAAAAAACGUCAAUUAUGACGACCAAAA